AUGGCAUCACGAUUCCUCCUGCCGGCAACCCGGACAGCUGCCCGCAGCAUCCAGCAAGUGCCGGUCCGCGGCUUCCAGACAAGUAAUGUGUUGAGACAGGAGGUGGUCGCGCCUGCCCCAGUCAAGAAGCCCGUUGGCGCCUUCCGUGGAGGACUAUUUGGAUUCCUCCUUGGAGCGACGACCGCCGGUGCCGGCAUGUACUACUACGUUAUCGACGAAUACCGUGUUUCGAACGAGCUAUUGACCGAGGACAUCUAUGCAUUGCAAUCGGCCGUACAGCGAAUAGAGGGCUACGUGAAGACCCUCGAGGAGAAGGUGGAUGUGCGGAAGAAGUAA